AUGGAUGCGUCUGCAAUUGGAGCCUAUGCUUUCACCGCUAUAUCGAUUCUCAUUCUGGCAAUCGUUGUAAUUUGGAUAGUAUUGUGGAAGUGGACAAGAAAAUUGGUCUACGAAUUGUUGACAAAAACAUCGCGCAUCAUUUUCAGUAUAACUCAUCUUGUUCCGCUCAUCGUUUUGAUCGCAUGUUUUGUCGUUUUUCAACCAUGGAAUGCGUAUUCUGGUGGAAUUGAAUCGAAAGAACGAGAGGAAAUGAAGACAGAGAGUGAAAGUAGGUUUAAAAUUCUAACAAUCGUCAAAUGAAAUAUGAUUUUUCAGUUCUCAAAAAAACCGCCAACGACGCUUUCGAUGCUUUAUCCGGCGCUUCUGUUGUCAUACCUGUUGUAUCGAUAGAUGCCAUGCUGGAUAAGACUAAAAUCAUCAAAGCUGUCGACAAAGAAAUGCAUGUCGAAUUGCCAGAGACGCCGAACAUGGAUGCUUUCGUAAACAAGGAAAAACACCUUGAUUCUGUGAAGAACAGUGGUUCUUGUAAGGCUUUGAAAGAUUUAGAAGACACAAGUAUAGUAGCCGCGACGAUAAGAUCUGCAUUGACACAGUUCAGUAAAAACAGCUAUUAUUCAGAUGAUUUGGACAUAGUUUUGACGAAUGAAAAUGCGCGAUUGAGGAAUAUGUUCAACAAUGAUAUCAAUGGUAUUGCUCAAUAUGCGGAAAACAUGAAAACGGUAGAGUAAAAAUGGAUUGCACACUACUUAGAAAAUGCCCCAACCGCCGUCGGACAAGCGGCUGUCGAGUUUUCAUAGCAUUUUUAGCGUUUUAGAUAUAACAUUUCGCCAGCUUACGGUCAGUGUCUGCUAAAUUCUUCCAGAUCGCGGUGAGCUGGCGAAACGCUAAAAAUACUUUAAAAACCCGACGGCUGUUGAGACGAUGUAGCUACGGGAAUAGCUUUUUGUAUACUACAUAUAUGUACGAGACUAUCUGCCCCACAUUAUUUCCACGUUUGUGAACUAUGCGGAACUCUUUAAAACCAACAAUGCAAUCUCGAAAAAACUCAAAUUUUUGUCUAUCUACACAGUUUUAUGUAACGACAUAUAAUCCAACAGUGCGCACUGUUGGAUUUCUGGAGUUCCACAUAAUUCACAAAAAUGGAAAUAGUGUGGGGAAGACAGUCAUGUUCGCCAAUGUAGCUACGCCCUGAUUUUCUGAGAUUAUCUGCAGUGUGUCAAAUAUAUUGAACUAUUUCUAGAAGAAUACUUACAAUUAGAGAAGUCUUCGAUGUAAAUCCUUCUAGAUUUUACUUUUCAUGCAUCUAAUUUUGAAUUAUUUCAGAAUUUGAUCACAAAAUGGAGAGCUUCUCUUCUUCAAUUUGACGACGCGAUUGAUGUGAGAUGGAAGAAAAUUGUUGAACAUUUGGAUUCAAUUCUCUUAACUAUUCUUGUCACCGACAUAUCAUUGUUAUAUGUUCCAUCUGCAUUUGCUUUGAUGUUCCUCAUUUUUUCAAUCGUAACCAUAUGGACAACAGAAGAAACCUCAGCCAAUCGAAUUCUUUUCAUCAUCAAUCGUUUGUUGUUUUGUCUUGUUGCAAUCAUUCUAAUUGCAUGCUCAAUUUAUCCAUUCUUCGAAUUUAAACCUGAUUGUCCAAUUGUUGAAGAUAAGAAUGUUUAUUUCAACUUCCCAAUUCCAACCCGCAAUGGUGCCAAAAACUCUCACGAUAUUCUAUCGACAUGUUCAGGAAAUUUGUUCGACUCGCCAAAUGAUGAUGUAUUAUUGUUGGUAGAAAUUGGUUUUUUCAAGUAUUUGAAACAGCUUGUCGUGGAUAAGAUUGUUGAUGCGAAGAAAGCCGACGAACAAGCAAGCGAGACAAGUGAAAAAAUUGAUACGUUGAAGAAAGCCUGGGAGAAUAAGCGGACAUACGUCUUGAAAUUGGGCCAGUUGCCAGCUGACUGUGAUUCAUCCAAAACCAUUAUAAACGAAUAUACUUCUGCGUUUAAUGCUCAAGACGGAAAAAUGAAAGCAUUUAUUGGUGCGUUGAAACAAAGACAGGAGAAUGUGAAUGUUGUGGGUGAAAAAGUCGGAAAGGCUAUCGACGAACAUGUUCAGGAAGUCAGUGGAAUGAUUGCAACACAAGUCACCAAAGUCAAUGUGAGUUUCUAUCAUACAUGGUGGCCGUUAAUCACCCGCACAAAUUCAAUCUGGUCCCAAGUUUGAACAGUAACUGUAGAUAUAACAAACUAUCAAUUUGAAUAGUAGCGAGCAAACUUUCUUUCAAGAAAAAAUAGGGAAUUAUAACAUACAUUUUUGAGAAAAAAACACUUUCAGAAUAUUCCUUUUUUUAUGUUACAUUGUGAUUGAAUGUAAGUUGAAAGCUUGAUCAGUGUCGAGGGUGAUAAUUUCCAAUGCAAGUUUAUUUAUUGCCGAUAAAAUAGAAAUGUAAAGAAAAAUCUGGAUGUUUUUUCUCUACAAUUUUUUAAAUGUAUAGGAUUUCUUGACGAUAUUUUGUCUACAUUUCAUUUUCUUAAUCACACGUGUUUUUCUAUUGCCCAAUCCUAUUGUUUUCCGAAUAUGUGAAAAAUUGAGAGCGUAUUUUCUUUCAUUUUCCAUACACUUGCUUUUUCUAGUGAUUUUUCAGAUAAAAAGCUGGUUUUCUUUUGAAAAACGAAAAACAGAACAAAUACAAUGUUUUUCUCGAAAAUACAAAAAAGUUGAGUUUGAUAAUGCAAUUGCCUCAUCAAUUUAAUUGUUCUGAACAAAAUUGGCAAUAGGAAUUGUAAUGUGACAGCAUUUUACCCGAAAAAACACCAAAAAAGCAAGCGAAAAAAAGAAAAAUCAUCAUGUCUGCAUUUUUGCGUACACUUGUGUGUGUGGUGACGCAAAAAUGCACAAUGAUGAUUUUUAUUUUCUUUUUUCUUUUCGGUUGCUUUUUUGGUGUUUUUUCGGGUAAAAUGCUGUCACAUUACAAUUCCUAUUGCCAAUUUUGUUCAGAACAAUUAAAUUGAUGAGGCAAUUGCAUUAUCAAACUCAACUUUUUUGUAUUUUUGAGAAAAACAUUGUAUUUGUUCUGUUUUUCGUUUUUCAAAAGAAAAGUAGCUUUUUAUCCGAAAAAUCACUAGAAAAAGCAAGUGAAUGGAAAAUGUAAGAAAAUACGCUGAUUUGAGGAAAGAAUAAAAACAUUUCCAUAAAACUUUACAUUUUUGUGUUUUUGCAAAAAAAUGUGAAGAAAAAAAUGCCCACAUUUUGUUUACAUUUUUUCGAAAGGUGAAAAUGUAAGCUAAAUUGGCCCCAAAAUUCUUAUACAUUUUUCAAAAAGAAAAUGUAUAUGAUUUCGCGACAAAAUAAAUUUUACAUUAUUCUUUGGAGAUGUGGAAAUCGGAAUGAAACAUUGGGAAUCUGAACGAUAAAUGUCGAAGGAUAUGGGAAAAAAGAGAUAAUCAAAUAAACAAUAUACACACAAACAAAAAGUAAUCAAAAUGAGCGAAAAAUUUCUGAACGUGCUUAUCCUUCAUACAUUUGUGAUGAAAAAUUGCUCAUUUUUUCUUGAAAGAAAGUUUGCUCGCUACUAUUCAAAUUGAUAGUUUGUUAUAUGAUUUCUAGUUUCAAAAAUUAUUCCCAGAUAUUGUCUUCAUCAUUUUAACCGAAUAUUGUCAUAUAAUUCGGUCUAAGGGCAGCUGGAAUAUCGGGAAUGAAUUUCAGAACUUCGCAUCAGGCACGUUGCUUUUUUGAAAUGAAUGAGCUUUCUACACCCAUAGAUAGUUUCAAAUUAUAUGUUUCCGGUUCAGAAUUUUAGAAUAAACCCUAGACGUGCUUGAUCCUUAACGGAAAUGAUUCACAAAAUUUCUCAAUUUUAAAAACACGACCAGAAAUGAUCUCAAUAAUUUUUCAGAGGGUCUAAUCUCGCAAAAUUUUAUUUUUUAAUACCCAAAAAACAUCAUUAAAUUCUGCUAUGAUUCUAAAAGUUCCGAAAUUGUUUCAAAUUUAUCACGCGAAGUACGAAAAUCACUCGAAAAAAGUAGCGUGCAAAAAAUCUUGUUUUUGCGUUUCAUACUGUCACGAACAACCCCUCUAACUUGGCUCAAACAUGAAGAAUCACUAUGAGACUUCGAUUAUUUACUUUAAAAUAGGUACAAAUAAAAAUAAUUUGAUUACGGUAACAAGUUUGGGACGUUUUGAUAAGAAUCUGAGCUGGUUCAACAAAAAUUUGGCUUGUGCGGGUAUUAACGGCCACCCUGUAAAUGUGUCACGAAUUCAUGCAAAAUUUCUAAUUUUUUGUUUUUUCAGAGUGCAAUCAAGAUUUUGAGCGUCAAUUGCCGAACCACAAGAGCCCUAUUUGCCAGGAUCAACAAUAUCAAAUGUUCGAAUGGUGGCGAAUUCAAAUCCGUUGCUUUGACACGAGCUAUUGUUGUUUUUGUGUUGGGAUUGUGCUCAAUAUAUAUUCUGUUCACUUAUCGAGCAUUCGGCCCACUUCCUCGUGACGAUCGAGUUAAAUGGAGUGAGAAAAUAUCUGAAUUGGUAAGAAAUUGUUGAAAAUUGACAAAUUAUGUACAUGUUUUCAUUUGCAGACAUUUGAAGAAAUGAAGAAGUUAUUCGUAUUUUUCAUUGGCCCGUUGAAACAAGAAAAAGAGGUGUUUCCAUUGAAAACUGUUCGCACAAAAGUGAAAUAUAGAACUCCGUGUGUAAAGGAAACUCGAAUUGUGCUCAAAAAUCCGAAAAAUGAUUUUAUUCAUGCCAAUCGAGUCAAAAUGCCAAACAAUUCGAUAUUUAUUGCAACUAAUGCACCAUUGAUGGAGGAUAAGGCAAAUAAAACUGAUGACACAAGUGGCGAUUUCUGGGAAAUGGUUUGGCAAGAAAAAGUCAAUACUAUUGCUAUGUUAUGCCAAGUCAUUGAAGACGGAAGGCAGAGAUGUGCGCAAUAUUUUCCGGAAAAGGAGGGCAAUGUUUUGAAGUUUGGGGAUUUUGCGAUAAAAUUUAUCGAAAUCAAGAAAUCCGACGAUUUACCAUCGAAAACAAUUUGGCGCCGUUUCGAAUUGACAAACAAGAAAUUUGCUGGCGAAAAACGCAUGAUAAAUCACAUCAAUUUUGUUGGUUGGCCUGAUUUUUCGGUCCCCGAUGAUCCGAAAUUAGUUAUCAAUUUGGUCAAAUUUGUCUGCGAAACCAAUGAAAACAAUGCUCCAAUUGUUGUGCAUUGUGUUGCUGGACUUGGUCGAACUGGUGUUUUCUUGGCUUACGCAUAUGCUCGAGAAUUUUUGAAAACCUUUUGUGAUCUGAAUUUGGUGCUUGUUAUCAAACAUAUCAGAGCAAUGCGAGAUUCGUUGAUCCAAAAUUCACUUCAAUAUGCGUUUGUAUUUGUAUGCUUGGUAAAAAGUUUUCAAAUGGUUCGUUUUUCAUUUAUUUUGUGUCAGGAGUUUGAAAAAUUAUAUAUUCGUUUUUACAGGACGGCUUAAUUAAGCAGAAGAAAAUUCAACGUUUUUUGAUGAUUUUGAGAUUCACAGAGCGAAACCUGAGAAUCAAAACGAUCCAGACCGCGAAAUUAUAUUACAACAGUUUGAAAAAAUUGAAACUGGUAAAGUGCAAUUAG